UAAACGCAUCGCAAACGGGAUACAAUUAUAUCUGCGGUAUUCGCUUCGCGUGGAAAGUGAUUAAAACCUCGGUUCGUUUAAAUAUUCGUGUCACAUCCAGUAGUUUAUAGAGCUAGGAAAUGCACACUUGCAUCGUGCAGUAGCGCGGCGAGGUGCAGACGCGGGGCGGGGCAGUGCAGCCGGCGGCGGCAAUCAGUCGCAUCGUGACCGCGAGGCGCGCUGCGUGUGGCAUCGCGACGUGAGCGCCAGCCGCCGACAUCGCGACCACGGCCGACACCGCCGCUCCCGCCAUGUCCGUGGGCUCGUGGCGGCGCCGCUCGCCCGACGAGUGCGACGAGCGCUCCGACCCCGGCGCCUCCAGCUCGGCCGUGCCGCGCGCGCCGCCCAACUGCGCGCGCUGCCGCAACCACCGCCUCAAGAUCGAGCUGAAGGGCCACAAGCGCUACUGCAAGUACCGCUACUGCACCUGCGAGAAGUGCCGCCUCACGGCCGACCGCCAGCGCGUCAUGGCGCUGCAGACGGCGCUGCGGCGCGCCCAGGCGCAGGACGAGGCGCGCGCGCGCGCCAUCGAGUCCGGCUCGCAGGACCCGCGCGUGGAGCUGGACCGGCCGGAGCCGCCCGUGGUCAAGGCGCCGCGCAGCCCCGUGCCGCCGCCGCCGCCGCGCUCCUUCGGCUCGGCCAGCUGCGACUCCGUGCCCGGCUCGCCCGGCGUGUCGCCCUUCGCGCCGCCCGCGCCGCCCUCGGCGCCACCGCAGCCCGCCAUGCCGCCUCUGUUGCCGCCGCAACAGCCCGCGGUGUCACUGGAGUCCCUAGUUGAAAAUUGUCAUAAGCUACUAGAAAAAUUCCACUACUCCUGGGAGAUGAUGCCCCUCGUGCUAGUCAUCCUUAACUACGCGGGCAGCGAUCUCGAGGAGGCUUCGCGGAAAAUUGACGAAGGAAAGAUGAUCAUCAACGAGUACGCGAGGAAGCACAAUCUGAACAUCUUUGACGGUCAUGAACUGCGCAACUCGACUCGCCAGAAAAUGCUGAGCGAAAUAAAUAAUAUAAGUGGUGUACUAUCUUCGUCGAUCAAGUUGUUUUGCGAAUGAUACUAUGUUUUACAAGUGCAAUGUUUUGUGUGGACGCGUGCUGUGCGAUGCUCUGUGCGAAUGCCGCCGGACCAUCGUGUUUACUCGCGGAGAAUGUUUUGAUGGCGCAGGACCCCGAGCCCGCAUCGACUUCCACGUCGAGGGAUGGCGCAGACUGUUAGUGCGGCUUCGACUCCCGGCUCGAGUGGGUGUGAACUAUGAACUACCAAACUAGUGUUAGAUCUGUAUAGACAUGUAUAUAACGUGUUGGUGACGCUAAAGAAUACCUAAUUAUUACUUUAAGGCCGUAUUAGGGCUUUCAAGCCUGUUAUAUUAAACUAUAUACCAGAACAUCAGAUAUGUUAUGUAACUCGUAAUGUAACUCCUAUAUUAGUUAUGAAAGUAUUUAUAUGAAAAGGGUUCCAAUUUCGCAUCACGAAAUAUAAUUUUGUGUGUAUAGUUAUUCAAUGUGAGAAUUUAAUACAAAUGCAUAGAUUUUUACAAUCAAGAGAGCCAACACGGAAGUUUUGAUUAUUAAAUUGCAAUUAUUGCAAUUAUUGGAGGUAGUUUAUGGCAUCCUUGCUGUAACAGAACAUCCUGAUUCCUGACCAAUAGAGGUGAUUGCGAUGGUCACACUGUAGGCGUCAAACUUUGGUGCUAGGCCUAUUGGCUUCAUUCAGAUUGAUCCCUCAAGUUCUGGCAUCACAUAUGCAGGUUUGGAAGCCCUAAUCUAUUUAUAGUUAUGUACAUCAAGCGAAAUGUCCAUUAGCAAUAAGACUUGCAGAAGUCAACUCUGGCAAGUCACAUGCACAGUGUAAACUCUCGCAGUAAGUCAAUUUCUGCAAGUUUUAAACAAAACCAUUGCUUGUGAACAUUACGCUUGAACAUAGAUAAAAUUCGAAAUGUAUGCACUUUUUGGGCUUGGUCUACAUGGUUACGGUUCUCAUCUCGGUUUCUGCUAUAACUCUAUAAUUUCAUUAAGGUCUAUUUAUGUUCAAACGUCUUCAUAAUAACUAUUCUGUUUUGUGAUUUGUUACUUUUAGCGUAAAGUUCCAGCAAUCUAAAAAAAUCUCUAAGUCCAACUCCGUUUACACGGCAUUAACAGUGUACUUUUUACAGGAUUAACGUUAACAAAUACGUAAUGACGUACAUAGAAUAUAGAACCGUUUACACGGUUAAAACUGUGUAUGUUUUUUGCAGUACAAACAUAUGAAUGGUCCUUUAUUCGAGUUACGUACGGACCUAUACGGUAAGAUGAGUAAAU